AAUAAAUGAAAUGAACACUUAAAUGUUAACAUGUCAUAAAUGAAUACAAAUGUUUAGUUCAGCUUAGUUAUUUCGACCAGUAAAUGUAAAUGAGGUUUCUAUUGUGCCCUUGAUUCAAGCGCCGUGCAGAGACACGCAUGCGCAGUGCAGCCGAGGUGCUGAUGCUGAGUCCAGAAGCAGCUUCACACGGGCCUGUGAAUGUAGGACAACCGGACCGAAGCGAAGCUCAGCGUCGGUUCUGUCUGUGAGGAACAGCGAUGGAGGGAUGAUCAGCACCGGCCCGGUGUUUGAUGAUGAACCGGAGCGACGGAGCGGCGGCGGCCGAGCGGGAUUUUGUUGUGGAUGGAGAGGGAAAUGUGUGCAGAACUGUGGGUUACAUGACAGAUUGUCUGAAUGAAGACACUGAUAAAGUUCCUCUUCAAACGCACCCGCUGAGAGAAUUUGAACAGCACCUCAAUGAUCUGAAGAAGGAGAACUUCAGCCUCAAGCUGCGCAUCUACUUCCUGGAGGAGCGGAUCCAGCAGAAGUUUGAGGACGGCAGCGAUGAGAUCUACAGGACGAACAUCGAGCUGAAGGUGGAGGUGGAGAGUCUGAAACAGGAGCUGCAGGAAAAACAGCAACUGCUGGAUAAAGCUUUGUACGAGGAGUUGGGUCGUGAGAGGCUCCGUGUGCAGCAGGAGAUGCAGGUAUGUGUGUUUCUGUGCGGUUCUUCACUCGUCUCCAGCACGGAUCAAACUCACCAGGCCUUCAGGAGCAUUACAGGUGGCUGA